AAAUAUAGAGAGAAAAGAAAACUCGAAAAGAAAUGAAAAGAUCAAAGAAUAGAAAUGAAGAAGGCGAGGAAAAAUGGGUCAAAUGACGAAAGGAGAAGUCAAUCAUCUUUGCUUUAAUUUUGAAUUUUCCACAGAUUUCGGAAUCUGAACUCUGAAGCUACAUUUUUGUGGUGGCCUUUUCUGGUUAUUUCUCUCCCUCUCUCCUCAGAGAGAGAAAGUGGUGCAAACAUGGCGGAUUUGAGGAGCGAUAGCGAGAGUAAGACUGAACAGAGGCGAGUUGGGUUGUUAUACGAUGAGCGAAUGUGUAAGCAUCACACUCCUGACCACGAAGACCAUCCCGAAAACCCGAAUCGCAUCAAAGCCACUUGGAAGAAACUGCACACCGCCGGUAUACCUCAAAGAUGUGUUCUUUUGAAUGCCAAAGAAGUAGAAGAUAAGCAUGUUUUGUUAGUUCACUCCCAAAAUCAUUUGAAAUUGAUAAAGAAUAUAAGUUCGAAACAAUUCGAUUCGCGAAGAGCAAGGACUGCAUCAAGAUAUAACUCCAUUUAUUUCAAUGAUGGAUCAUCUGAAGCUGCGUCUCUUGCUGCAGGCUCUGUUAUAGAGGUUACUGAACGAGUUGCCAAAGGAGAAUUAAAUUCUGGUGUUGCUAUUGUUAGGCCUCCAGGACAUCAUGCUGAACAUGAUGAACCAAUGGGUUUUUGUCUUUACAAUAACGUGGCUAUUGCAACAAAAUUUCUAUUGAAUGAAAAACCAGAACUGGGUAUUGAAAGAGUUUUGAUUGUUGAUUGGGAUGUCCAUCAUGGUAAUGGUACUCAAAAGAUGUUCUGGGAGGAUCCACGUGUAUUAUUUUUCUCUGUUCAUAGGCAUGAGUUUGGAAGCUUUUAUCCAGCUAAUGAUGACGGUUUUUACACAAUGGUUGGCGAAGGACCAGGUGCUGGAUAUAAUAUAAAUGUCCCUUGGGAGAAUGGUCAAUGUGGGGAUGCUGAUUACCUUGCAGUUUGGGAUCAUAUUUUGAUUCCUGUUGCUAAGGAAUUUAACCCUGACAUAAUUAUAGUCUCUGCCGGGUUUGAUGCAGCUGUCAAUGAUCCCCUUGGAGGUUGUUGUGUCACGCCAUCCGGAUACUCAAUCAUGCUGAAGAAGUUGAUGGAUUUUGCCCACGGGAAAGUUGUGUUGGCUUUAGAAGGAGGUUACAAUCUUGAGUCUAUAGCAAAUUCAACGCUUGCUUGUGUUGAAGUUCUGCUCGAAGAUAAACUUGUUGUUGGAUCUGCAGAAGUGUACCCAUUUGAUUCUACUUGGCAUGUAAUAGAAGCGGUUCGCCAAGAAUUAAGUCCUUUCUGGCCUACACUUGCAGGGGAGCUACCAAAGAAAUUAACCAAUCAAAAAGCACCUCUAAUACCAUAUGUUCCAUCUUCAAGCUCUGAUUCUGAAGUGGAGGACAAUGAAAAUCCAAAUGUAUCAAAAAAUUUGGCAGACCUUCUUCAUGGCAUUGUGGAACCUCUUUCAAAGUUGACAAUCGAUGCAGAUCAAGUGUCAAGCAAUUCUGACAACUGGAGAUCAGAUCUUUCAAAAUUUGAUAUCUGGUAUGCCUCUUUCGGAUCAAAUAUGUGGCAACCAAGAUUCAAGUGCUAUAUUGAGGGUGGACAGGUUGAAGGUAUGGCAAAGCCAUGUUCCGGUGCAGUAGACAAAACACUACCAAAGGAGAUUUUAUGGAAGACUUUCCGUCAUCGAUUAUUCUUUGGUCGUGAUUUUUCACAAACUUGGGGUCCUGGAGGGGUUGCUUUUGUUAGUCCAGGAAGCAGCAUCCAAGAAGUUUACAUGUGCUUGUACAAAAUUACACUCGAGCAGUUCAAUGAUGUUUUGGUUCAGGAAAAUACCAUAGGUGCACCAAUCAGUUCCCCAUUGAUUGAUUUGACCGCUUUGAACUCCUUCACCAAUGAAGUGUCCAAUUCUCUGGAGGUUAACUUGGAGAGUGGUUGGUAUCGUAGAGUCAUGUAUUUGGGAAAGGAUCACGGUAUUCCUAUACUCAGUAUGACGUGUAAACAAUCAGAAUUUGAGGGCUUUAAAUCUGGAGAGCUUACGCUACGAGCUCCAGCUGAGGAAUAUGCCAAAACAUUGGUACGAGGCUUGGUAGAAGGAAAGCAACUUUCAGAAGCUGGGGCUAUGGCAUACAUAGAAAAAAGUUAUACUAGACCACUAUAACUGCCUAGUCGUAUUUUUCAUCUCUUGUAUAUUUAUGUAAAAUUCUAUUUUUUCUAAUGUUAUUGCAAUCAUGAGAAGCUGUUAUUAUUGGUUCUGAAGGUAGAAUCUUGUGGCUCUAGUAUCUUAAGAAACUUAUGUGCAUUUUAUUAUUUUAGUGGGCAUUGGGGAUUGGAUUGCUAGUAGUUUAAGAGGUAUGACUUUAACUUCCUUUUCUUGUAAUUUAGAUACCAUUUUAUGAGAACAAGAUGUGGUUGACGCACCUUGUACAAAUGUCAAUUCCCUCUCUAUGGGUUCGGUGAGGAUUUCUUUUCUAAGUUGGGAACGAGAUUGAGAAAAGAAUACUCGAAUAAUGUUUAAUGGAACUAGGUUGGGGAUGACACUUUAGCUUA